UUUUGUCUUGUUGCAUCUGAGAGAGCAAGAUGGGUCACCAGCAGCUCUGCUGGAGCCAUCUGAGGAAAUUUGACCAGGGUGCUGCUGCUUGCUGCAUCUGCUCAUACUGACACAGUUUGAUCUGGAAAAUAGCCUAUGGCCUCAAUAUAUGCUGCCAGUAUUUCCGCCAGUACUCAAAGGAUACAGGCUUCAUUAAGUUGGGUUAAGUGAACUUCCUUGAAUGGGUCAUCCAUUCAAGGCAGCACAUACGCUAAAAUUGGAAUGAUAUAGCGAAGAUUAGCAUGGCUCCUGUGCAAGUUUGAAAUGCAAAUUUGUGAAGUAUUCCAUAUUUUUACUAGGAAAAAA